GAUAUUGAGAUAUCACUAAUUAUUUUGGAAAACAAAAUAUAUGAUAAUAACGGCACGUAUCUUGUUUUGGCGGCAAUUAUUUUGAAAAAGACGCAGUAUUGAUCUUGUAUUUGUAGCUUUUGGGUGUUAGAUAUCUGGAUCUACAAUAUAAAUUAAGUAUUAAAAAUAAAAAACAAGCAAAACUUGAAUUUAAAAUGGAACCGCUUUCAAAAAGCUGUCUUACUUUAUUGUCGUUGAUCUUGACACUUAUGGUAUUAUCAGCUCAGUCAGCUUUGGUGUUACCAGACUACCGUCAUGACGUCUACGGAAACACCAUAGACGACGAAAACGCCCAAUAUUCGCCUUCUAACUGUUGCGUGAUACCAACCUGUCGGAACAAGGACCACUGUUACCACACACUCAGUUGCGGCCACUUGUGUUCCUCUGGGAGAUAUCCACCAGCUGAAUAUAGUAGAACACCAGGAUAUAAGCUGGCAAAAUCAUACACACAAUUUGAGUGCAGAUUUGGUGACUGCAAAAAUUACGAAAUCACCUGCAGGCAUUGUCCAGAUCCGACAGAACCCAAUUUCAGUUUAUACCUAGUAAGAAAAGACUGCAAAAAUUGUUACUCCAGACAAUAUUAAAAAAUUAUUGUCAUUUGCCCUGAGCUAUUUUUAUUGUAUAUAACACUCUUACUCAACUUGAUAAUAAUUAGUUAUUUUUAUAAAUUACAUUAUUUAUAUAAAUAUCUAAAAUUAAUGUUUUGUUUCUCUUCGAUAUGUAAAUAAUAAUAAUUAUAAUUAAUUGCAGCAUUUACACAAUAAAAACUGCUGUUGUUUUUAUUUAAACAUCAAC